CACAACCGGAAGUUGGUGGAGGAAGACAAGCGGGAGAGAACCUGGCGAUGGCUUGGAGGACUAACCUCGCUUGCCUCAUCAAGGCCGGAGGGAGGUGGAGAUGGCUUCCAGUCCCAGAGCAUUCAUUCCUGCCUCCAGCCCUAACUAAUAUCUGCUGUCGGAGAAAGUCUACUGCACCUGAGAAAAUUGUUGCCAGUGUUGUUUUUGAUACAAAUGGAAAGGAACCUGGGAAUGCACUGGACAAGCUGGUUUUUGAUACAAACGGAAAGGAAUCUGGGGAUGCACUGGACAAGCUCUUCUCCCGGGAGCAACAGGCUUCUAUCUUGCAUGUGUUGAAUACUGCUUCUAGUCAAGAACUGGAAGCUUUCAGAUUGCUUCGUGGAAGAAAGUCCGUCAAUAUUGUGGAACACAGAAAGAAGUUUGGGCCAUUUCAGAGUUUGGAGAGUUUGAUAGACGUGCCCUUGAUCCAGUAUAAAACUGCUGUUCAAGUUUGUAACUCCAUUCUUUGUCCAGAGAGUGGAAGGAAAAAAAGGUCACAGGAAAAGUGGCUGUUGGGAAAAUUUAUCAAACCAGCCGUACAGAGAGAGAGACUUAAGGCAGUUAAUAGCAUCGUGUCUAUUGUUUUUGGUACUCGAAGAAUUGCGUGGGCUCACCUUGACCGGAAACUUACGGUGCUGGACUGGCAGCAGGCUGAGUGUUGGAAAUUAACGAACAAAACAUACCCAUCAUCUAUCUAUCUGGAAGAGAUUUCUUCAGUCAUUUCAAAGAUACCUGAAGCAGAUCUCUACAUUUUGGAAAAAUCAGGACUUUCCAUUCAGAACACAACUCUGUUUCCUAUACUGUUACACUUUCUUAUCACGGAAGCCAUGCUGUAUGCCUUACUCAACAAAACUUUUGCCGAGGAUGGCCAGCAUCGGGUGCUGAGCAUGAAUCGAAAUGCCGUGGGCAAGCACUUCGACCUGAUGAUCGGUGAUACAAGGACGAGUGGGAGAGAGCUCGUGAAACAGUUCCUGUCCGAGUCCGUGCUGAAGAAGGAGCCUCGGGUGUUCUUCCCACAGGAUCGAGUAGUUCGGUACAGACAGAAGAUUCUGAAGGCCUCACACCACAUCGAAGAGCUGUACGAUUCACUGUUACAAGCUGUGGCCUUUUAUGAGUUCGUUUUUGGCAGAGGCUCAGAGCUCAAAUGUUAAUGCGCUCGCUUUAGUGUGUCAUAUUAAUUUAUUAAACCAACUGUUCCCAUCCUCCAUGUUAGUGGAGAAGAAAACAUUUUGAGUAUAUUUUCUAUGUUUAUAAAGUCAGAGUUUUGGCUGUGAAAUAGUAUACACGAGCUAAGACCAUAUCAAUAAAUAUUUUAUGAAAUUC